AUGCAGCAAUUAACAAAAUGUAAAGAUUUUGUUAAUUAUUGGCCGAUACAAGAAUUAAUAAAAGAAAUUACUCGUAAUAACAACGAGAAAUCUCCUCUUCUCAAAAAGCGUUCAAUAAUUAUUUGUUCUUCUUCUGAACAACAAAAAACAACAAUACCUGUCCGCAUCUCUUAUCUUUAUUUAAUUAAUACAUUUUCGCCUCUUUUUGCCAGAAUUUGCAAAGAAAUGGUCGAAAAAGAAUUGAUAGCUUUUGGCAUUCUCAGUGAUUAUUCCCUUCUUUUUCUUAUUCCUAAUGGUCAUUUAUCAACACAGCUUGGAAUUCCUACUCGUGACGGUCCUGUUCUUCAUUGUUUAUUUAUUUCAAAUAUUUCUGGAAUUAAAAACAAAUUUGAAAUUUAUAAUUUGGAUACAAUUCCUCGCAAUCCUUCUGUUAAUGAUAAAAUAAGUGGAAUUGAUCCAAAAAUGUUUGCUAAAUUAGAAUCUUACCAAAAAGAAAGUCUUUUACCUGUAAACAGUUUAAAUAGUCAAAGAAGUAGUUCUUUAGCAACACAACCAAAACAAUUAGAAUCUAUAUUUACACCCAAUCAACGCCCGCCUGGAGGAAAACCUGUAACUCCUUAUAUUCCAACACCUUCUACUAAAUAUCCACAACAAUCAUCAGUUAAUCGACGUUUUCCUUCUGCUUCCCCAAAUUUUAAUUCUUCGAAUAGUAGACCUUCAAAUCAAUACUUUCCUUCAAGUCAACAGCAACAACAAUUCCAUCCUUAUACUCAACAACAACAACAACAUCCACCUACAACAUCUACUAAUUCUUCUAAUUUUCUUUCAAUGCUUCUUAUGCCCCCUCCCCCUCCUCCUCCUCCUCCCCCACCUCCACCUGAAUCUGAGGAUAUUUCUCCUCCAAUAAUUUCCGAUAAAAAUAAAAUUAUUUCUUCUUCAACUUUGGAACGUAGACAAAAAAAUAAGGCAAUGAUUGCAAAUGCUUUUGAACAAAUUCGAAGUAUUGGAAAGGAAAAGACUUCUUUGAGUGAAGGAGGGGCAUCUUCAAAAAUUUCUCAAACUUCAUUAGAACAACAAAAGACUCAACAAAAACAACAAACAGAUAAUUUAAUUAGAGAUCCGAGAUUGUCAAAACGUUUAGCUGAAUCACAACAACCUCUUCCACCACCUCCUCCUAUUUCUUCUUCUAAAGAAAUUUCUGAAAAGAAAAAUGGAGAUGUGAAAAUUGAAGAAAUUGUUGCUGAAGAAAAAGUUGAUAAAGAUAUUAAAAUUAAGAAAGGGUCUGUUGAAGUAGUAAAUGAAUCUUCGCCUAUGGAAAUUGGUGAUGAAGAUUCCUUGUUAUUGUCUCGUCCUUAUAGCCCUUCACAAGUUUUUAUGUCAUCACCUGAACCUAUGGAAGAGGAUGAACAAUUAGAUAUUGAUGUAUCUUCAAAAGAAAAAGAAGAAUUAAAAAAGGAAGAGGGUGAGAAUAUUAAAAAUAAAUCUGAAAACGAGAAAAUAAUUUGCGAAGAAGAUAAAAAAAUAAAAGAGAAAUCAGAACAGUCAAUUGACAAUGUUGCUGGAAUUGAAGGUGGAGAGAUGCCUAUGGAUAUUUCUGGAUCUUCUGCUGAUUUAUCCAAACAAAUAUCAUCAACCUCUUCAAAUAACAAAAAUGACCAAGUAUCUCCAGAAUCUGUUUCUUCAGAUUCUGAAAAAGACGAAGAAGAAAUAUCUGAAACAAUGUUCCCUCAAUUAAUUAAUUCCUCUUCUUCAACUGGAUUUGGAUUUGAUUAUUUAACGUAA